CGAUACACCAGUGAGUAGUACUACACAUCGCCGUCCUCAUCUCCGCGAACCCGCAAUACCCGUUCCAACAGCCUAUCUCGCCUAGAUGGCGCAAUAGUCCUCGGCGAACGACGGUCUGGCGAGCUACCGUAUCUCUUCAUUCCCACCUUCCGAUCUCAAAAAUGCCUCUCAAUCCCUCCGCCGCAUAUCCCAAAGGGGAGGCCGGUCUCAAGUUCGCUGCCUUCCCAUCCCGUCGAUCUGUGGUCCAUAGCACGAAAGGCAUCGUCGCCUGUACACAACCUCUAGCAGCAAAAUGUGGGAUCGAAAUCCUCAACAAAGGCGGCAACUGCGCAGACGCAGCUGUGGCAGUAGCAGCUGGAUUGAACAUGACCGAGCCUGGAAGCACAGGCAUUGGAGGUGAUAUGUUCUGCUUAUUCUACGAUGCGAAGACCAAGAAGGUGCGAUCUUUGAAUGGGUCUGGAAGAGCUGGCAAGAAUAUGACAUUGAGCACAGUGAGGAAGAGCUUGGGUUUGAAGGAUGGACAGGUUGGUAAGAUACCAAUGGACAGUGUACAUGCUGUGUCGAUACCUGGUGCAGCUGCUGGUUGGGUGGAUACUGUGGAAUGGUUUGGCAGUGGCAAGUUGAGCUUGGAAGAAAUUCUGGAACCUGCUGCGAAGUUUGGUGAGGAAGGAUUCCCUGUGAGCGAGUUCAGCGCAUACUUUUGGAAGAAUUCCGAGAGCUUGUUGCGAAGAGCGUCACCCAACGGAGCUGAAAUGCUGAAGAAAGAUCCCAAAGGCAAGGAUGGAUGUCGAAGGCCCGAGGCUGGCGAGAUCAUGAAGAAUCCUACCUUGGCCAAUACAUUCAGACUCGUCGGAAAGCACAAGAAAGCUGGGUUCUACACAGGAACUGUUGCCGAAGAGCUUGUCAAAGUGGUGCAAGAUCUUGGAGGUCAUUUGACGUUAGAAGAUCUCAAGAAUCAUGCAGAUCUGGGAUCAGAAGAGACGGAAGCGAUAAGCUUGAAGUUCAAAGCACAAGAAGUGGCCAAGAACCACGGACAGCACAUGCACGAUGCAAGUCAAGAGGGCGUGGAACUGUGGGAACACCCUCCAAAUGGACAAGGAAUCGUCGCACUAAUGGCUCUCGGGAUCAUCGAGCAACUGGAGAAAUCCGGCCAGAUUCCCAAAUUCGCAAAAGAGGACCACAAUUCCGCUCCAUACAUCCACGCAGUCGUCGAAGCACUACGGAUAGCCUUCGCAGACGGAAACUGGUGGAUAGCAGACCCCAAAGUCUCAAAAGUGCCCUCACAGCAACUGAUCAGUCCCGAAUACCUCGCAGAAAGAGCAAAGCUCUUCAACCCGGAAAAAGCAAGCGAAUACCUCGAGCACGGCUCUCCAGCACACAAUCAUUCCGACACAGUCUACUUCUGCGUCACAGACAGCGAAGGCAACGGAAUCUCCUUCAUCAACAGUAAUUACGGCGGUUUCGGCACAGGUAUCAUUCCCAAAGGUUGUGGCUUCACACUGCAAAACCGAGCAGCGAAUUUCGCUCUCCAGCCCGAAAACCAUCCUAACGUCCUCGCGCCGAACAAGAGACCUUAUCAUACCAUCAUCCCGGCUCUGGUCACGAACAUCAGUGAUCAGAGUCUACAUAGCGUGUACGGAGUCAUGGGAGGCUUCAUGCAGCCGCAGGGCCAUGUCCAAGUUCUUUUGAAUCAACUUGUUUUCGGACUCGAUGCGCAGGCUAGUCUUGAUGCGCCGAGGAUUUGUAUCGGGGCUGGGAUGCCUGAUGCUGGGGAUGUGAUGGAUAGGACUGUGUAUCUCGAGGAAGGGAUUUCUGAAGAGGCUGUUGCUGGGAUGAGGAAUUUGGGGCACAAGGUGCAAGUUGUGAAGGGUCUGGAACGCGCGUUGUUUGGACGUGGUCAGCUUAUUCAGUGGACGGUGGAUCCUGUGGAGCAGAUUGGGGUUUGGAGUGCUGGGAGUGAUCAGAGAGGUGAUGGACAUGCUGUGCCUGCGCUGUAGUCUUUUUUUUUCUCCUCGAAAAUUUGUCGGCUGCUGCUUGCCCCUCCGCCCCUCCGCCCCUCCUUCCUUCUUGCUUGCCGGCUAUCGCUCACGCCAACCGAGAGCUCUACAGCAUCAUCGUCACUUGUUUUCCGUCUAGAGAUGAUCUGCAUUUCCAAACCUGGACCGGUGAUGUCCCGGCGGGUGGCCUUUCCGCGUUCGGCUCUGGAGACCACUAGAGUAUUUGUCAAUGCUGUCUGUCGUGGGCCAACCCCGCCCAGGUCGUAGUCCAAGAAGCAAUGACGAUGCGACUAGAGAGAGAAGCAUAAGUAGCUGCUGCUGAAGUCGUACAACCAAAACAUCCAUCCUCUUGGCCAUCAAGGUGCUCAAAUUCCUCAUCCAAUCAGAUUUCAACAAUUUCUUUUGGAAUUCAACAAUCAUGUCUGAAGGCGGCUGCUAUUGCGGAAACGUGCGAUACAAGAGCACUGGGGAGCCUCAAGCCAAGGCCCUCUGCCAUUGCAAAGACUGCCGCAAAAUUUCGGGUUCCACUUACUCCACCAACAUCAUCGUCCCAGGCGAUGGCUUGACCUGGACCAAGGGCACGCCCAAGGAGCACACUGUAACUGCAGACUCGGGUAAUCCCAUUACCAGCUUCUUUUGCGGAGAUUGUGGCUCGACAAUGGUGCGAGGAGGAGCGUCUUUCGGCGACAACAAGAUCAUCAAGGUCGGUACACUUGACGACCCGUCCGCGCACGAGGAUGCGAAGCCAGCUGUCGAGUUGUAUGCGAAGGACCGCGUGAGCUGGGUAUCGUCGAUCGGGGGUGCUGGCCAGAAGGUUGCUAUGCCGAAUAGCGAUGAUAUGUAAAGGGUAUGAGCAUGAGCAGAGCGAGUAGUGGUUGCAGCGGCCUAGGGCAUGAAGUGGGCAUCUUGGAUCCUUUGUGAAUAGUAAUCAGGACUAUAGCGGCCAGAAUUCAUACGAUAUCCACAUGGGUAUGGGUUGAUAUGG